GCCACGCUCUCCGCUUUCUGUCUCCUCAGGAGGGCUGAUGGCUCCCCCGCUGCAAGACACCGGGCUGGGGCUCCGGGAGAAGGCGGCGGUGACGGCGACGGUGGCGAAUGGCGGGGAGGUCUGCGCCCGGCGCUUUUUCACCUGGGAAGAGAUCGCGCUGCGGACGGGCCGGGUCGCGCCCUACCUGCAGGAGCGGUGGCUGGUCAUCGAGCGGAAGGUGUACGACAUCAGCCAGUUCUACAAGCGGCACCCGGGGGGAUCCCGCGUGAUCAGCCACUACGCCGGGCAGGACGCCACGGAUGCAUUCACAGCAUUUCACCUUCAUAAAGCUAAAGUGAGCAAGUACUUGAAUUCCUUGCUGAUAGGGGAACUGGCACCAGAUCAACCUAGUUCUGAGCCCAGCAAAAACCAAUUGCUAGUCAAUGAUUUUCGGGAGCUGCGUACCACCGUUGAAAGGAUGGGACUUCUGAAGCCAAAUAGGCUCUUCUUCUUCCUGAUGUUCAUUCAUAUCAUGGUGCUGGAUGUUGCUGCCUGGUUGACCAUCUGGUACUUUGGAGCAUCCUCAUUACCGUUCUUUGUAGGCGUUGCAUGUUUUACUAUUGCUCAGACCCAAAUGUCCUGGUUACAGCAUGACCUUGGGCACCUUUCCGUCUUCAACACAUCCAAAUGGAAUCAUGUGAUUCAUAAGAUCUUAAUGAGCCUAGUGAAGGGAAUGCCAGCCCAGUGGUGGAAUUAUCUGCAUUUCCAGCACCAUGCUAAACCUAACUGCUUCCGUAAAGACCCUGAUCUCAACAUGCACCCGAUUCUGUUUGCUUUGGGGAAGACACUGGCUGCAGAGCUUGGGACAAAGAAGAAGAAGUUCAUGCCUUACAACUACCAGCAUAAGUACUUCUCCUUCAUGGCUCCAACUUUGCUAGUUCCCUUUUUCCAGAUCUCCAUUUUCUACUCUUCAAUCAAGCGCAAAGAAUGGCUGGAUCUGGCCUUGAUUGUGACUUACAACAUUAGAGUCUGCCUUAUCUAUAUUCCUCUUAUGGGAUUUAAGUGUUUUAUGGCAUACUACUGGCUCUCCAGGCUCCUAGAGUCAUGCUGGUUUACUUGGGUUUCUCAAAUGAACCACAUCCCAAUGAAUAUUGAUUAUGAUAAAAAUGUGGACUGGGUGACUAUGCAGCUCCAGGCAACAUGUAAUGUGGAACAAUCCCUGUUCAAUGAUUGGUUCACUGGCCAUCUGAAUUUCCAGAUUGAGCACCACCUUUUCCCCACAAUGCCUCGUCACAACUACUGGAAGGUGGCUCCUCUUGUGAAAUCACUCUGUGCCAAGCAUGGCAUUGAAUACCAAACCAAAUCCCUGCUCGGUGCCUUUGCAGGCAUCUUACACUCUCUGAAGGAUUCUGGGGAAGUCUGGCUUGAUGCUUAUCUGCAUGGAUAAGAAGAAGCAGCACCUUGAGAGAGAAUCCCAACAUUAGGAAUGAAGACGCAUCGAGACGAGGACAGUUAAUAUGCUAAUGAAGAAUUUGGGAUCUGAUGGGCAAACUGGACAAUUGCUGAUGAAUUCUGGGAUGGGGGAGGGGAGUUCCUGAAAUUCUUUCCCAAUUUCAACUUGUUAAACUGCUGCAUUUGAGGCAUAGUUUGGGUCAGUUUGCUGAGGGAUGGGUUGGAUCCAGUUUGUUAGGAAAAGUUCAUCAUUUACUUAUGAAUCCAUAUUGCUUGUUCCAUGUGUGAGAUCAAAGCUCUGCCAUCCUGAUUUGCAUGAUAGUGACAGCUUUCAGAAGGACAAGGAGGAAAACAGAAUUAACAAUGAGAAAUUAUUGUGAAAAUGAAAAUAUAAUGUCACUUGUGAAAGCCCCAGAGCUGAAGGACAACCGCCCAUCUCACAUUUAAACUGUAAUGUCAGAGUGCUGUUUUGCUAUGUUUACACUGAGAGAAAGAACAAGCUUCAUGGCUGGUUUGUAAAGGCCACUCUUGGACACGUUCACGUUUAAGUUUCUGAAAGGAAUUUAUUAAGAACUUUAGUUGUGGUUGUUUGGGUUCUCUUAAUUUUCUCAUUAAUCAGAGAGAAUAUUCGCUUGGGAAUGUUUCUAAGUGGUCUCUAUCUUCCUCUGCCCUAAAAGGCAUCACUGGGUUGAAGAAGAGGUCCCAAAGAAUAUCUUAGGUGAUGCAUUCACUCUUCAACAAUGUCACACUCCCAGUUUGUGUAUCACAAAAUGUGAUCGCCAUCACAUAUAAGAAAACAGGCAACUGUCCUGUCUUUUCAUAAUACAUUUUAAAGAAUGCAAAACUAAGUUUCCACCUAGAUGCCCAAUCACAACCAAGGUUUGUUUGUAUCAUUUAUUCCCUUUGUUUGAAGGUGAGACAUUGCAUGAAAGGCUUUUGCCUGUGCCCAGGCAUCCCCUUCCGCAUUCCUUGAAUUGUAUGAGCUUCCACCCUCCUUCCCAUUGCUGGGAAUCUGAACUGGGGCAGAGACUCUCCUCUGGUGUGUGCAUCUGGCAGCAUGAUUGAAAGAGUUGAUUAGUUAAGUAUUAUUUGGUUAAGACAUUUUGACCUAUGGUUGUGAGAACAUUGAUCUGUUCAUCCUUUAGCAUAGCUCUCUUUGAAUGUACCUCAUGUGUACAUAUUUGUAUUUAUUUUUAUCUUUUAAUAUAUUUCAUAAAUUACAUUGGCUCAAUA